AUGAGCCCCCCGGGUGUUGUCUUCGAGAAGUCUGUAGAUAAACAAAACGAUAAAUCAACCAACACGUUGUCUGCCAACUUCCAUGGUGCAAAUAGUCCAGCUCCGGCCACCCUCAGGCUGCCUGGGCGACACCCAAAUGUGGAGCUGGGAGGUGUCAAGCGGCACCCGCCCUGCAGCCAGCGCAGACAUGCCGCCCUGGACAGCACAGCCGCGCUCAACACGCCGGUGCCCAUGAACCUGUUCGCCACCUGGGAGGUGGACGGCUCCAGCCCCAGCUGCGUGCCCAGGUUGUGCAGCCUGACCUUGAAGAAGCUGGUGGUUUUCCAGGAGCUGGAGAAGGGGCUCAUCUCGGUGGUGGUCGCCGUGAAGAUGCAGGGCUCCAAGCGCAUCCUGCGGUCCCACGAGAUCGUGCUGCCCCCCAGUGGACAAGUGGAGACCGACCUGGCCCUGACCUUCUCGCUGCAGUACCCCCACUUCCUGAAGAGAGAGGGCAACAAGCUGCAGAUCAUGCUGCAGAGGAGGAAACGCUACAAGAACCGGACCAUCCUGGGCUACAAGACGCUGGCCGCGGGCGCCAUCAGCAUGGCCGAGGUGAUGCAGCGCCCCCCCGAGGGCGGCCAGGUGCUGAGCCUGUGCAGCAGCGUCAAGGACGCGCCAGCCAAGGUGGCCGAGAUCUGGGUCUUCUCCCUGUCCAGCCAGCCCAUCGACCACGAGGACAGUGCCAUGCAGGCCGGCGCCAAGGCCAAGUCCACAGAUAACUACUCCGAGGAGGAGUACGAGAGCUUCUCCUCCGAGCAGGAGGCCAGCGACGACGCCGCGCAGGGCCAGGACCUGGACGAGGACGACUUCGACGUGGGCAAGCCCCGGAAGCCGCGGUGCUCGGCCGUGCGGGCGGCGUCCAUGACCAGGCAACAGAACUUCAAGCAGAAAGUGGUGGCUCUGCUGCGCAGGUUUAAGGUGUCGGACGAGGUCCUGGACUCGGAGCAGGACCCAGCGGAGCAUGUCCCCGAGGCGGAGGAGGACCUGGACCUGCUGUACGAUACCCUGGACGUGGAGAACCCCAGUGACAGCGGCCCCGACCUGGAGGAUGACGACAGCGUCCUCAGCACCCCCAAGCCCAAGCUCAGGCCAUACUUCGAAGGCCUGUCACACUCCAGCUCGCAGACGGAGGUUGGCAGCACCCACAGCACCCGGAGCCAGAAGGAGCCUCCGAGUCCGGCCGACAUGCCCGAGAAGACACGGGCUCUGGGCGCCAAGCAGCCAAGCGACGGUGUCUCUGACUCGGCCCACGGCACACCGCCCCCGGGGGAGACCCCGGCACCACCCGAGGACAGCCCAGAGGUGGAGACGCCCUCCCUGGACCUGUUCACCGAGAAGCUGCCGCCCAGUGGGCGUGUCACUAAGACCGAGUCCCUCGUCAUCCCCUCCACCAGGUCGGAGGGCAAGCAGGCCGGCCGCCGGGGCCGGAGCACGUCGCUGAAGGAGCGGCAGGCGGCGCGGCCGCAGAACGAGCGUGCCAACAGCCUGGACAACGAGCGCUGCCCGGACACGCGGAGCCAGCUGCAGAUCCCCAGGAAGACCGUGUACGACCAGCUGAACCACAUCCUCGUCUCGGACGACCAGCUCCCCGAACACAUCAUCCUCGUCAACACGUCCGACUGGCAGGGGCAGGUGGGGGCUGGCGUCCUUCCGACGGGGCGGGGGCACCUGACGCCGCCGCCCCCUGCAGGCUCGCACCCGGUGGCCAGGUACCUGGGCUCCGUGGACUACCGCUACAACAACUUCUUCCAGGACCUGGCCUGGCGGGACCUGUUCAACAAGCUGGAGGCCCAGAGCACCGCCCAGGACACACCGGACAUCGUGUCCAGAGUCACGCAGUACAUCGCGGGGGCCAACUGUGCCCACCAGCUGCCCAUCGCGGAGGCCAUGCUGACUUACAAGCAGAAGAGCCCCGACGGCGAGUCCUCACAGAAGUUCAUUCCGUUCGUGGGGGUGGUGAAAGUUGGGAUCGUGGAACCAUCCUCGGCCACAUCAGGUGACUCGGACGACGCGACUCCCACCAGCUCCAGUGUGCUCUCGUCCACCCCACCGUCCACAUCUCCUGCUGCCAAGGAGGCCUCGCCCACCCCGCCCUCCUCUCCAUCAGUGAGCGGCCUGGCCUCGCCCAGCCAGGGCGUCGGUGCCGAGCUGAUGGGGCUGCAGGUGGACUACUGGACAGCAGCCCAGGCCACAGACAGGAAGAGAGACGCGGAGAAGAAGGACCUGCCCACCGCCAAAAACACGCUCAAGUGCACCUUCCGGUCUCUGCAGGUCAGCAGGCUGCCCGGCAGUGGCGAGGCCUCAGCCACGCCCACCAUGUCCAUGACUGUGGUCACCAAGGAGAAGAACAAGAAGGUGAUGUUUCUGCCCAAGAAAACCAAGGACAAGGACGUGGAGUCCAAGAGCCAGUGCAUCGAGGGCAUCAGCCGCCUGAUCUGCACGGCCAAGCAGCAGCAGCACAUGCUGCGUGUCCUCAUCGACGGCGUGGAGUGGAAUGACGUCAAGUUCUUCCAGCUGGCGGCCCAGUGGUCCUCCCACGUCAAGCACUUGCCCGUCUGCAUCUUCGGACACUCCAAGUCCACCUUCUAGCCCGCCCGCCGCCCCGCAGCCCUGCGACGGCCGAGCCCAGCUGCUUUCAGUUAGCAUUUCAGCCCACUACUGAGACAGACCCUCCAACAGAGACGUCGUAGGUCCGAAUGAGCUUGCAGCCUGGAAACUAACGGGCGGCCCCCGGGAUUCCCACCGCCCUGCUUACUAACAGGAACGCGGGUGCAGGUGGCGCUGACCUCGAGAACCGCAGACGUGGGGUUUGGCCUCAGGAUCCCCCCGCCCUGGCCUCCAGCAGGGAGGGCUCUCGCCUUCACGUCCCGUCCUUCCUGGAAGCCAGGACUCCCGCUUCCCCGGGGCGCUGGGCUCCGGUGGGCGGCCUGUGUGCCCAGGCGCGGAGCUGGGCGGCCAGAGGCCAAGGGCCGGCCUUCCGUGGGGAGCAUCCUGAGCAGAACUCAGAGGCCAGUCAGCCCAGCCUCGGGCUCCCGCCUCCGCCCAGCCGAGUGGCCCCAGUACCACCCACUCGCUCCCAAUAAACUCCAGCCUUGCGGGGAGCGGAGGUUUUACACGAGCAGGUAUUUUUAAUGCUUUUAAAUACAUGUUACAAUGUAGCUGCCAAGCAGACAGUGCGCUUCUCCAGUCCCAGCGGCCCCUGGGGCUGGGCAGAGCCAGCCAGCACCGCCCCCGUCCAGCCCCCCCACUCUAACACACUCCCCUCAGGCUGUUCUUGAGACACCCUAUGUUCCUGUGAGUUGUCCCUGCCCCAAACGUAGCAAGCACAGUGGCCUCCUCCUGCCCCCAACACCGGCCCUGUCCAUUGUCUUGGUGCCAGGGGUGGGGGGGGGUGAGGUGGGGAUGUCACUGUGGCACUAACGUGGCUGGGCAGCCGGGCACUGUUGGAGCCAGGGCCACAGCCAGGGCCCUGGUGGCUUCUCUAGGCCAGGCUCCUCAGAGUGAGGUUUCGUGUUUGGGUCCCAUCCUGACCGCAGCCAGGGUCCACCGCAGCCAGGGUCCUCCCCAGCCCUGUUGCCUGCCCACAAUGCCACAGCCCAGGUUUUCCCAAGAAGACCCCACAGACCCCCACCCAUCGGCAGUGGUGGCCGGGACACGGCAGCCCACUGGGGGCCUAAGGCCGAGCGCCACGCAGGCUGUGCUCAGGAAACAGUGCCACAUGCAGGAUGGGCCCCAGGGCGUUGUCCUCCCAGGGCACAGGCCUCGCUGAUACCCGCAGCACAGAGGGCCCCGUCCUCACGUCAAGGUGGCCCAUCCUUCCUACCUGGGACCCACCUGCUCACCUCCUCCCCCAGGUGGCUGUGCAGAGUGGCCGUGGCCCUGGGGGCAUGACCUGGGGGACGGCCCCCACCUCAGGGGUGCUUGUGGGCAGAGUGCUGAGCAGAGGAUCCCCUCCCAACAAGAGCCCAUACUUGCUGACACACACCACCCUCAACAGCACCCGGACCAGUUGCCCAGGACCGAACCCUGGCUUGGGGCUCUGCCCCUCCCUGGGGAGAACCUAGGUGCAGGUAUAGGCCACUGGCCUCGAGGCCUUGGUCACUGCUCCUCAGGUUAACUCUCCAGAGGUCACGCAGCAGAAAGGAGGUGCAGGCUAACGCCCUUGACUUAGCUUUCCAGCUUUAGAGCUGGCUGCAGAGGAGGGGCCUGAGGGGGCUGUCCUGUCUAUCCUGCCACCGGCAGUCCCCUGUCCUGGAGAAGCCCUCCCCCAUGCGCCUUGCCGUCUGCCCACACCCGAGGGCAGGCCUUGUGCCCGGGCCUGCAGGACCUGGCUAUGGGGUCCUGGGCCCGAGUGCUCGGACCCCCCCCACACCACCCCUGGGCCUGGGAGGCCAUGCAGGUGCCCUGGCCACCAUGACUCACUCGGAGAACGGGGCUGCACGCUCACCUGUGCCUCGGUGUCCUCAUCGCUCCAUGGGUAUGGUGGCGUUCCCGCUGCCUACCUCACGGAGCUGUCCUGAGGAGGCAUGGCAAAGGGGACGCAGAAGCCAAAGCCACCUGGGACAGCCAGUGCCACCGUGACGCAGGGGAGGGUGGUGUGGGUGUGGGGGGAGUGCAGCCGGGCAGUGGACCUGCAGGCCAGGAGCAGCUCCUUCAGGGCAGGGCUUCCCAGCCUGUGGGGCCACCAAAGGCAGCUGGGACUCCAAGGUUAAGUCACCCGAGAGCAAGGCCAGGCGGGCCAGACCUUGCCCUGUUGCCCAGACGAUGGUCUCCUCCCUCCCUGUCUGUCCCCUCCCUGUCUGUCCCCUGGGGCAACUACCUCCUCAGCAUGCAGGCCAGCAUCCUGUUGUGGCCAAAGCUUGGGGAGGAGGGGGCCCCUGGGCCUGGAGCGCAGGGCCUGUCUGCACAGAGGCCGGCGGGGUCAGAGCGGCCAAGGCCGGCCUUGCCGCCCUGGCCUCACUCCAGUGGGAAGCCCUGGCUGCCUCUGGGGCCGGAUUUUCUCACAAGACCUGGUCACCCACUCAGGAGGGCCAGCCGGCUGACCUACACCUCUUGACCCCUCCCCAGACCUGUCCUGUCCUUCUUGAGGUAGUGGGGAGAACGUGGCUCUGCAGGGUGCCUGCCUGAGGGUUGACCUUGGUGACACCCCCGAGUCUGUCCCUGCAGGCCACGUGGUGCCACCUGACAUUCUGCAGACCCCCAUUCAGUUUGUUGUGCAUUGUUUGAUUUCCAGAAUGUACCUGUUGCUAGUUUUUUUAAAGGAAAACGACUAAUGUACAUAGCCUUUUUGAGGAACAGAGUCUGUCACGUGUGUGACCACGUGGACUAUUUUAAGGUGCUGAAGCGACACUAAUAAACCCGGGAGCACUCCCCCAGGC